UACAUAUACACCCAUCGAAGAGUCGGGCGGGAUAUGACAAGUCCUACAUAGGAGCGGAGGGAUUUUUAUUUUAUUUUUCUUCUUUUCGUUCGGGGGGUGGUGCUGGUGGUUGGUGGGGGUACGUGGGUCGAAGCGCAUAAGACACAGGAGUGGGUGGGGAGAGGGUGUUUCUGGCUCCUUCUGCGUGUGUGCUGUGUGUGUGUGUGUCGCGCUGCCGGAUGGGUGUGUGUUGUAGGAUCGGCGGGAGUAGCAGCUUUUGGGGGGGGAAGCCAGUCGCUUACGGGCUGCCUUGACGACAGGAGCAGUGCUGUACAAACUCCAGCUCGCCCUCUGACAUCGACGAUUGAAACUUUUCUUGAUAUUAUUUGCAUUUCUCACCCCAAAUGUAUUUCCAGACCUCCGCUCCACGUCAGUAGUAUUCCGUUGGCGAUUUUUCAUUCGAUCCUUUUUUUUUCUUCCCGAAUCUGUUCUUCCAUUUUCCCGUUUUUUGGUCAUUUGAAUAUUUAUUAUCUCCCCCCCCCCCCUACCUUCCGUCGUCUUGGUCAGGAGUCGCUAGUGUGUUGUGUGUCGGCCAUACACAUAGUUCGUUAUCCGAGUGUGUGUGCCAGCUUGACUCAAAAACACCAAAACACCAGUGAUGUUUCUUAUUCCCUAACGAUCAAUCGAACGCUCAUUUCUUCGAUCAUCGCUGUCUGGAAAGUCCAUCGGCUGGAUCGUCGGUUGGUUGGGACACGGGACUGUGACACAGGGAAGCCGGUGAGGUGCUAUAGUCGUUAUUGCUGCCGGCCUGCCGAAACAAAAAAGAAAUAGUUGAUCGCACUGCUGCUGUGCAGGGACUAAAAAGGAGCGCUAGGCCGAAAAAAGGACCAGCGCCAUAAGCGGAGUGAGUGAGGAGGAGCCACCAGGAGCCGGUAAGGAACUCGAUGAAUUGAGCGCCAUGGGAGCGGCAGCAGUGAGGAAGCGAGAAAAGUGGAAAUGGCUCCUUCCGUCCUGGGCUCCAGUAGCGACAACUUUGAGCGGAACUCACGAAGAAACCUUCCGGGCAGAUGAUAUCCGCUUGUCGGCGGGCUAUUGGUCGUCGUCGUCGUCGUCGUCGUCGUGGAACAGCCGCUCCUUCACCUGCCUCCUCGCCCUCGCCUUCAUCUUCCAGUCCGUUUCGGCACUUCCGCCAGUCAUCCGAAUAGGUGGGAUCUUCCGAGAGGAUCAGAAGGACGGCAGCGCCGAACUGGCCUUCAAGUACGCCGUCUACCGGUUGAAUCGCGAACGCACCAUUUUGCCCAACACGACGCUCGUGUACGACAUCCAGUACGUGCCGAGGGACGACAGCUUUCGCACGUCCAAAAAAGCUUGUAAGCAGAUUGACUUUGGAGUUCAGGCCAUUUUUGGGCCAUCGGACCCGGUCCUGGGUCCUCACGUCCAGUCCAUCUGCGACGCGCUGGACAUUCCGCACCUGGAGACCCGGCUGGACCUGGAGUCGCGGACGAGCGCCCGCAACGAGCUGUCCAUCAAUCUGCAUCCGUCGCAAGAGGUCCUCAACGCCGCAUACAAGGACCUGAUGCGCUUUCUCAACUGGACCAAAGUCGCCAUCAUCUACGAAGACGAAGGAGGUUUGUUGCGGCUGCAGGAUCUGGUGCGAUCGCCGCCGACGAGCAAAAUGGAAGUGCACAUCCGUCAAGGAACGGUCAACACUUACCGCCAAGUGCUGCGCGAGAUCAAGCAACGAGACAUCAACAACAUUAUCGUCGACACGCGGACGGAGCACGUCCACAUUUUCUUCAGAGCCGUUCUCCAAUUGCAGAUGAACGACUAUCAGUAUCACUACCUCUUCGCCUCGCCGGAUUUGGAAACGUUCGACUUGGAGGAUUUCAAAUACAAUUUCGUGAACAUAUCGGCGUUCCGCAUCGUCGACGCCGAGAGCAACUUUACACGUCAGCUGCUGAGAGACAUGGAGAAAUUCCAGCCCAUCGGCCAGAGUAUCCUCAAUAAAUCCAACAUAAUCCAGGCCGAGCCGGCUCUGGUGUACGACAGCGUCAUGGCGUUGGCCCACGGAUUAGCCGCCCUGGAUCGGGGCACGGCUCUGCGUCUCGCCAACCUCUCGUGCGAUAUCGAGCAGCCGUGGAAUGACGGAUCGUCGCUCUUCAAUUACAUCAACACGGUGGAAUUUGUCGGACUGACGGGUCCCAUCCGCUUCAAGGAAGGCCGUCGCUCCAAUAUCACGCUGGACCUUCUCAAGCUCAAGCGCGAGAAUCUCACCAAAGUUGGCGAAUGGAACGGACAGUCUGGGCUCAACAUCACCGAUCCGGUGGCAUUCUACGAAGGCAGCACGCCCAACAUUACGCUCAUCGUCAUGACCAACGAGGAAAUGCCGUACGUGAUGCUUCGAUCCGAACGUAAUCUGACCGGGAACGACCGCUACGAGGGAUUCUGCAUCGACCUACUUAAAGCCAUUGCCGGAAUGGUUGGUUUCAAUUACGUCAUUGAAAUGGUGCCCGACAAAAAGUACGGGGCUCUCGAUCCCGAAACUGGCGAAUGGAACGGCGUCGUCCGUCAGAUUCUCGAAAAGAAAGCCGAUCUGGCCGUCGGAUCGAUGACGAUCAACUACGCUCGGGAGAUGGUCAUUGAUUUUACCAAGCCUUUUAUGAACCUUGGCAUAAGCAUCUUGUUUAAGAUCCCGACCAGUCAGCCGACUCGACUCUUUUCCUUUAUGAAUCCACUGGCGGUGGAGAUUUGGCUCUACGUCAUGGCCGCCUACAUCCUGGUCAGUUUCACUCUCUUUGUCAUGGCCCGCUUCUCCCCUUACGAGUGGAACAACCCGCAUCCGUGCAACGGCGACAGCGACGUGGUCGAGAAUCAGUUCUCCAUCUCCAACAGUUUCUGGUUCAUUACCGGAACCUUUCUCCGUCAAGGAUCGGGACUCAAUCCAAAGGUUCCGACGCCGACGCCGACGCGGCUCUUCUCUUUUAUGAAUCCGCUGGCCGUGGAGAUUUGGCUCUUCUUGCUGCUGGCCUACGUCCUCGUCUCGCUCUCCAUGUGGGUGGUGGCCCGCUUCACGCCUUACGAGUGGCACGACAAUGUGAACGGCAGCGGGUUGGGCAGCCGGUGUCACCACUGCCACCACUACCUGUCGGGCAGCAUUAGCGGCGGCAUCAACCAGAUCAUGCAACAGCAGCAGCAGCAGCAGAACCACCACCACCACCAGCAGCAGCACCAACUCAAUCACGAUGCCUUGUUUAGCAGCGAUCAGCCGGUGCUGGCCAGCAGCAACGAUUUCUCGCUGGCCAACAGUUUCUGGUUUACCAUUGGCACUUUGAUGCAGCAAGGAUCCGAUCUCAAUCCCAAGGCGGCGUCGACGCGGAUUGUCGGCGGCAUUUGGUGGUUCUUCACGCUCAUAAUCAUCUCGUCGUACACGGCCAAUCUGGCGGCCUUCCUCACCGUCGAGCGAAUGAUUGCGCCCAUCGAUUCGGUCGAGGACUUGGCCGACCAGAGCGAUAUCUCGUACGGCACUCUCGAGGCUGGAUCCACCAUGACUUUCUUUCGAGAUUCUCGUAUCGAGACGUACCAGAAAAUGUGGCGCUACAUGGAGAGCAAAAAACCGUCCGUCUUCGUCUCGACUUACGAGGAAGGCACCAAGCGCGUGAUGGAAGGCAACUUUGCCUUUCUGAUGGAGUCGACCACGCUCGACUAUGUCGUCCAACGCAAUUGCAAUUUGACCCAAAUCGGCGGUCUUCUCGACUCGAAAGGCUACGGCAUCGGGACGCCAAAAGGUUCCCCGUGGCGGGAUAGAAUAUCUUUGGCCAUUUUGGAGCUGCAAGAGAAAGGUUCCAUCCACUUGUUGUAUAAUAAGUGGUGGAAAGAUACGGGUGACGUUUGCAACCGAGACGAUAAGAAUAAAGAGUCGAAAGCCAGUGCCUUGGGCGUUGAAAAUAUCGGCGGCGUGUUUGUUGUCCUGCUGUGCGGUCUGGCGAUGGCCAUCGUCGUGGCCAUUUUGGAGUUUUGCUGGAACUCGAAACGAAAUGCCCAGCAAGAGAAGCAAUCGCUCUGCUCCGAGAUGGGCGAGGAGCUUCGCUUCGCCCUGCGCUGCCAAGGAUCCCGACAGCGGCCAACAUUGAGGCGCAGUUGUCUCCGGUGCACGCCACCCAGUCACACUUACGUUCCGACCAACCACGACGUUCCACCUCUUCACGGGGUUCGUGAAAACGGUGUCAUGCCAAUGAUCGAAUUGCGCAAAGCGUCUAUCGUUCAGAGCUACGACCUAGACAACUAAAACUAGUCAAAAAAAUUUUUUUUUUUCGAGAGAAGCUGUUCGUGACGACAACCAAAUAAGCCAUCGGAUACAAAAACAUUUUUUCCCCCCAUAAAGUCAAUUAUUAUCUUUAAAAAACAAAGAAUUUCCAAUACGAAAAGGCAGAGAGUCGAAAACAACAACAACAAGAAACUCGUCCCGAAGACAGAUGGUUUCGUUCGGGUUCCGACACUUUUUUCGUUUCCAGUCGUGAAGAAGAACGAACGAGACGUGGAAGAAAAUUAACCAAAAAACAAAAUAUAAUAAUAAUUAUAUGAUGGAUAAAAAAAAGAGAAAGCUUCUUUGUUUUGUUUGUUUGUUUGUUAUUUUCUUCUUCUUUUUUCUUGAACUUGUUAUGUACAUUUUUAUUAAAAUUCCUUGCAUCAUUUCCCGCCUCUCUUUAAAAACCAAAAAAAAGUUCCCAUUUUGAUCUCUUCUAAAAAAUUGUGUCCUCCUCCUUCGCCCAGCAAUCCCUCCCCACGCCACAGUGUUCCGGUGAAGCUCAAGGGCCUCCUUUUGAUGAUGAAAGAAACGAAACAAAAAAAACAAAACAAAACAAAGUACGUGAGAGAAAAAGAAAUGUACAGAUGCAAUAAACCCAUCACAGACACAGACACACACAAAAAGACAGAUUGCCAAUCAACUGGUGAAACAAGAAGCAGUUACUAGAGAGAGAGAGAGAGAGAGAGAGAAAGAAA